UAAAAUAUAAUGCUAGAGUUGACAACGUCGUAAUAUACAAUUUUCAAUAAUAGACUGCUGUCUAAUAGACGCUGUUCCUAAUUUCUAUACUGUUAUGUGUUCUACGGUUGUGUGUGUAAAAAUAGAAUCUCUGUAUUGUUAUCUUAAUGGCACUCAGCAUACGAGGGCUGUGUGAUGUUGAGUAUAAAUGAUUUUAUAAGUUGAAAAAACUUGGUGUUUCUACAAAAUUUAAAGGAGCUACAGAAGAAAUUCCCCAUCGAUCCAUCGAUCAUCACCCUAAUCGAUAUGCAAAAUGGCAGUUCCUGCAGAGGUUAAUGCUGAUGACAGUCAAAUUUUCAUCAGUGAUAGUAGUGAAACAAGUGAGCACCAGAAGAGGUACUGCCCAACAUUAAGAUUGAGCUGGAUGACAGCGAACUGGAGCUACAGAUAGCUCUCAAGAAAGCACGGAGACUGAAGCUGCAGGAGGCUGUUACAGAAUCAAAGAACAGUGUAGAAAAGGUGGCAGAGUCAGUACUGGAGAGAAGCUCAGAAGGAAGCAUGGAAGGUGGUUCCAUUGUGCUGAAUGCUACAGCAGAAUUCUGCCGUACGUUGGGUGACAUCCCCAUUUAUGGUCUGCCUGGCAGCAGGGAUGAGGAUGACCAGGAAUUACUUGGCUUUGAGAGGGAAAUGAUUGAAGAGAAGAAACAUCGGGAAGGAGGCAAACGUGGAGCUUGGAAUGAAGUUGAGAUUGAGAUGAUGAAAAGUUUGGGCAUCGCGAACAGUACAGUGGUCCGACCUUAGACUUCAAAGAAGAAGAGGAGGGCUACAGACCAGAUGUUAAACUCGACUACACAGAUGAUAACGGACAUGUGCUUAAUGCAAAGGAGGCUUUCAGGUUAGCACAGCUAACAGCAUAUCUGUUUUUAAGAUAGGUCGCACUGUGGAGGGUAGCCUGUCCAGUGGUAGUACAUU